AUGCUUGUGCGAUUACUCGCGGUGAUCUACACUGCCUGCGUGGCGGUGGCCGCCCCAGGGUACCUUAUACCCCGCACCGCCAGCGACUUGCAACACCCGUACGUGGUGCUGGAUUUGCCCGGUUUGGCCGCCAACGUCCCCGCUGACGCCGUACCAGAAAUGCAUGCCGGCCACGUCGACGUCGGCGAGGGGACAAAGUACUUUUUCUGGCGGUUUGCCGAUUCCCAGAGACUCCCCGAAAACCAGAACCGGACGAUGUUCUGGCUUAACGGCGGUCCCGGGUGUUCGCUGAUGGACGGCGCCUUGCUCGAAUGUGGUCCGUUCCGGAUCGACGACUCGCAAUCAGUGACCCAUAACAACGGACUGUGGCACCGUUUGAUGGACAUGGUGUACGUCGACCAGCCCGCAGGCACGGGGUUUUCCGACGUUGACGGCCAGAGCUACGCCCAAAACCACUUUGACAUCGGCACCGUGUUUAUCCAGUUCAUGUUGCGCUACUUUGAGUUGUUUCCCGAAGCCCGUGACCACAGCAUUUAUUUCGGCGGCGAGCUGUACGCUGGCCAGUACAUUCCGUUUGUGCUUAAGGCGAUCUUGGACUAUAACCGAGACCACCCUGACCAACCGUUUAACGUUAAGGGGGCAGCUAUUGGUAACGGGUGGUUCUCACCGAACGAACAACUGCUUUGGUAUAUCCCAUUUUACCGUAAAGCAGGGCUCUUAGACGAGACUAACCCUCACCUUGCUGAACUUUUACAACAACACCAAAAGUGUCAGAAAAUCGUUGACGAUAUUGACCGGAAAUGGGACGAUCCCGACGUCAAUCCGGUGGAAACGGACCUGUCGAUUUGUGAGAAUAUCUUAUCCCUUUUGAAUAAGUAUACCCUUGAUACCGAUGCUCCCACCAACGAACAGUGUAUCAACGUUUAUGACUAUACGUUAAGGGACUCACCAGGACUGUGUGGCAUGAGAUGGCCCUUAGAGCUCAAAUACGUGACUCCUUUCUUGCGCCGUGAUGAUGUCAUCGAGGCACUCCACGUCACCGAUGCACACGAUUGGAAAGAGUGUAAAGGUGGUCAGUUAUCUCGGCAAUUGAACACUCGCAACUCGAAGCCGGCAGUCCACCUUUUACCGGAAAUCGCUAAGGAAAUCCCUCUUGUUUUAUUCAACGGCAACUUGGACAUUAUCUGUAACUACUUGGGCCAGGAGCUGUUCCUCAACAAAUUGACGUGGGACAACCAACGAGGGUUUGAUGAGGGCCACCAGGACUGGUACCAUAAUGGUGAUGUCCACGGGUACAUGAAGCUGCGGCUGAAUAUCUCGUCGUUGGUGAUCUAUAAUGCUCUGCACAUGGUUCCUUACGAUAAGCCCGAAGUGUCGCGAGCAGUGAUUGAUAUCUUAGUGGGCAACUUCGAUAACCACGACGAUAAACUUGAAACGUUCCCCAUAGGGGUCAGACAAGCGAAGUUGGCUGAAAACAAACCUGAAGAAAAGCCGGAAGACAAACCUGAAGAAGAUAAGCCUGAGGAUGAGGAAAAGCCCCAGGAAACAGAGGCGGUGGAGACGCCCACGGAAACCAAUACUGCGCCUCCCGCUGAGGAGCUGGGGUCGUCGCUGACCCACACCACCCUGGGCUUCACCCGCGUGGUGGAAGUGGUGGUGGUGCUUGUCCUUCUCUGGGGGGUAUACGUGCUCUUUGUGUCGUACCGGUCGCGGCCCCAGCUGAUCAUCAAGCCUCCCGGAGCCCUGCAGAAGAAAAAGAACGUCCAGUGGGCCGACCAGUUACGUCAGUUCCAAGGCGAUGACGACAACGACGACGACUACGACGGCCAGGUGGCGUCGCUGUCGCUGCCUCCGGCCAAGGGGUUCUUAGCCAAAGCUCGCGACAAGCUCACGGGUAAACCCGCCAACAAUACCUAUGCCGUUGUCCCCAACGAUCUCGAAUUGGGAGACCACGAAGGUCUCGCCGACGCCGACGACUUCGUCAUUGGCGACGAGGACGAGGACCACGACCGCCCCAUGCGGUGA